GCGGUGCUCCGGAGAGUCCCAGGAAGACACCCAGAGCCCUGCCCCCGCAACGGGCUGAAGGCUUAGGGCGUCUCUGAGGACGGUCCCAGCGGAAUUCCUCCCCGUCGUGGAUCCGUCCGGUCCUCGAUCAUUCACCCAAGGAACGUUCUAGACCUGCCUGCCCAGGGGCCAUGGCUCUUCCUGCGGCGCUUUUAAGGACUGGACGUCCGGGUCAGGUGACACCGUCGCCUAGCAACAGGACGCUGCGCCCGCCGCCUGGGCUUCUCCUGCCCAAAGCCAGCUUCUGCUAGAGGCCAAAUGUCGGAGGAAAACCCCCCGGAGUGCGCAGAGCCCGCUGAGUCGAAGGCCGAGACGCCCCCGGAGAAAACCAGCGACUACUAUCGCGUGAGCCCCCACCUGCCGGUCAGGUUCAACAACCCGGGGUGGUUUCGCGGCUACGGGGCCAAGGAGGUGGUCUCCCUGUACAGGACCAGUAACCAGGCUUACGGGAGCAGAGCACCCACUGUGCAUGAGAUGCCGGUGUUUUAUCCAUGUUCCACCAAGUUCUCCAGACACAUUUUAGCGAGUGAGAAGUUCCAGCACAGUGCUUUCAACGUCUGCAUGGAGAAGAGCCUGGUGACGGGCCCCGACAACUACAUCACCCACUGCGACCGGCUCAACUUCCACCCCAGUUACAACGCCAGGAAGCCGUCCAUCUGUGACUGAGGGGGCCCAAUGCCCCUGCCUUCCCAUCUGGCCGCUGCCCCCUGGAGCAUGGUGCUCCCUGAUCUUUGACGGUUUGCCCAACUCUGAAGGUGCAGAUUUCACUGUUUUCUCUGAAAAUACUUUUCCUUUCUGGAAUAGAAAAGUGUGCAAUAGGC